ACAAAAGAACCGUAAACGGUAGCAGCAAGUCUCAAUUUCCUGUCUAUAGCGCUGGACAGGUCUUGACGGGGGGGAGUGCUAAACGCUGAAAUAAUACAAUCUAACAUUCAUUGAAGGAGAAUCAUGGAUGAAGCACCCCAUCAAGAGAGUGAUGCUUGGUAUAAUCACCAAGUGUACUCCAGGUAUUGGCGUCAUUAUCAGCAGGCCGUGAACUGGCAAUACAGACAUAAACAGGCCUAUAGAAAGGCACUAGAAGCUGUUUACUAUUCACCGUUCAGUCCACCACCACCUGCUGCACCUCAGCGCUAUUCUGACUGGAACGAAGGUGAUAAUCCCAGUUCCAUGAGCCAUUAUUCUGCACCCAGAGAGAGAAUGGACGGGGCAAGGCAGCAUGGGCAUAGGGGGCAGGAGAAGCACAAGGAGGAGUUGGAAACAGAGAGCGAAUCUGAAACGGAGAGUGAAGGGGACUCCGAGUCGGACAGCGAAAUAGAAUGCGACGUAACUAACAUGGAGAUAACGGAGGAGCUCCGGCAGUACUUCGCACAGACUGAGAAACACAGGGAGGAGCUCAAGAAGCAGCAGCAGCAGGAUGCAGAACGGCAGGAUACAUAUGUGUUGGCUGACCAUGAUUUGUACAGAGUUUCCGGUCGAAGUGCACAACCCCCAGUAGAGCGGCCCGGUGAGAGAAGAAUGGCCGAAAUGAAGAAACUCUACGGGGAGGAUGCUGCUAAAAUCCAGGGCAUGGAGACAGCCAUGCAGCUCACUUUUGACAGAAACUGUGAUAAAAAGCAGCCAAAAUACUGGCCUGUCAUCCCCAUUAAACUAUAAAUCUAAGUUGACGCUAAAUGAAAAACAUCUUUUAUGCAUGAUGCAAAGCACUGUUCAUGUGAUUGCAUGUUAAUGACAGUAUUGUAUGUCAAUAACUGUUUGUUUUAAUGUACAUUAUUGAAAAUAUGUGACCCUGUGAUCCUUUUAUAUGACUUCAUCAUAAUGGUCUAGUUCAUAAAGAUUAAGGGUUUCAAACUGAAAUGUGUACAUGUUGCAUACUUUUAUUAUUUUCUCUAAAAUAAACAAAAUGUUUUUUCAGUUUA